AUGCGCCGGCUCAUUCAAAAUCAUGGUCGUGAGUUGCAGCAGAUGACGUGGAUUAAGCUAAUGGAUUUGUUUGAAACAGUUGUAGAUCUUUGUGAAGAGAGAUUCGAAUAUGCGAGUACAUGUGAGAACUCUCUUCAUCAAAUCCUUCUGCUUAUGGAACAGCUUUACUGCGAUGGUCAUUUCGAUGCACCUCCGGUUAUGCUCUAUGAUCUCAUCGAGAAGUGUGCAGAUAGGAGACCGGAUACGUCUGUUGUCAAGUUGAUCCAGUACAGGGCACUGGCGAUGUCGGAAUUACAUGCUUUCUAUACCAAAUAUCGUGAACUUUAUGAGCAGGAGUUGGUAACCCAGCUGAUGAUCCCUGUAUUGCGAGAAACCGAAAAUGAGUCAAGUUCGCGGAUUCAGUACCUGAUGAUCAACAUAUUAUUCGACGUUGCAAGGACAUUGUCAUUGCAUGAUGAUAAGGGACUUUUCGAAUCCGUUUUGAGCGUCGUCCGACAGCUGUUUGUUGCUUCGAUUUUGCGGACCACGGCCGAAACCGUUAUAGAAGACGAGAAUGACGCCGAGACCAUUGUGGGUCCAUCACGUCCACCACCGCGAGUAUCAACACCGCGGGCUGGC